CACAGAUUGGUGACAUCACUUCCGUAAAGCGGAAGUUUUUUUCUACCUUUGUAAAAUGAAGCAGCGUCUUUGUGUUUAGGAAUCUGGAGCUGGAAGUAUUUCUACCUGAUGUUGACAGGCCUGUAACCAAGAGGAAGAGUGAAGUAUUCCCGCCACAGAGACGUCACUGAGGGACACCCACCACAGCAAACAUCCAGCGGCAUCAUGUCUGCAGACCUGGACCUGUCCCCUCCAGAGGUCCCUGAGCCCACCUUUCUAGAGAGCGUGCUGCGGUACGGCCUGUUUCUGGGCGCCAUCUUCCAGCUUAUCUGCAUCCUGGCUAUUUUCCUUCCCAUAUCCAAGGGGCAUGAACAGGAGGAGCCUGAGUCCACAGACAGUAAGGCUGCUGAACCGAUAAAGAAACCUAAAGGAGCAGCAUCUCAGAUUCGACAGAAACCAAAGAAAGAGAGCAAGAAGAAGCGCUAGACAGCUGUGUGUGUGUUUUUGUGUUUGUUUGUGUGUGUCACUAAACAUGUAUGAAAAACUGUUUUUCUACAACACUAAAACAUUGUUCUUAAUUUGAGACACUUCAGAAUGAAUGGUGUCCUGUUCACAACCAACACAGUAUUACCAGGAGAAAACUGCCAUUGUGAUGCUUGUGGUCUGUGACGUAUUUUUAUUGGCUAAAUGUUUUGCAAUAGUUUCUUAUGUUUGAAUAUCAUUGAUUGAACUACAUUUAUAUUAAAUGCACUAUGCAGUCA